AUGAUCAAUUCUUUCAGCAUUGUUUUGGAUAAUAGUUUGUUAGAGAGAAGUGGUGGUAUCAUGGAUUCGGAAGAAGAUGUCGCUUUGAAUGAUAGUGAAGAGAACACUCCGAUGAAUCAACAAGAUAACGACAAGGAAAUUGAGAACUCAUCACCUAUGACUACUCUGAACAAAAAGAAAAAUCAUAGUAAUAAGCCUACAGUAGUCUGUAGGUACUUUGUGAGUGGAGAGUGCAAAUUUGGUUCUUCAUGUAGGUUUUACCAUCCUCAACAAUCCUCGAGGCAAAAGAAUUCAAAGAAGAGAAAAAUGGAAACUAGUUCCACUAGUACUAAAUCAUCUUCCGAGAAUAAUUUUCAACAGCUCAAGUAUCCGUUUUCUAUUAGUAAUAGAAAAGAAUACAUUACGACAUUAAAUAGCAUGGUAGAAAAUGAAAAUAUGAUUCAAGAAAAUGAUCAUUUGAAUAAUAAGAAUCACACCUCUUCCAAUGUAUUGAUAAAUUACAUGACCAAGAAGAGUCCUAAAGUACCCAAAGGUUGGAUUCAAACUGAGCCACUUAUUGGAGAGGCUAUUCCAAAUACAAUGCUCAUUCCCCUGAAAUGUCCUUUGAGUCCUCAAAUUUAUCCAUUUCCAAACAAUGUCAGUUUGAAAUUACUAGAAGAAUAUUUUGUGACGACAUAUGGACAAUGUAUUGGAAUGAUCAUAGAUUUAUGUUGUGUUGAUUACUAUCGAAGAAAUGAUGUACCACCAGAGAUGAAAUAUCAAUCAUUUUAUAUGAAUAUUCAUCAUUUUAAUAAGUCAACUAAUUCAUCAGAGAAUUUGCUGGAUGAGGGUAAGAAUCACUCAAUACUGACCAUGGUUAAUGAGAUGGAUGUUAUUGUGCAAUGUAUUGAUAAGUUUAUCGAAGAAAAUCCUCAGAAAUUUAUUUUAAUUCAUUGUACACAUGGUCUUAAUAGAACAGGUUUUGUCAUUUGCUAUUAUUUAUUGAAAAAGAAAAUUGUCAACACUGUCGAGGAUGCUUUAACAUUGUUCAAAACACAUAGGAAAAGCAAUUGUGGUCUCUACAACCCAUUCUUUAUUGAUUUAUUAUUUGAAAUUUUUUCUCAAACAGAAUCAGAAAUGUAUCAAAAUAUGAAUUAUCCAGAACCAAUGUCUCACUCGAGGAAAAGCAUUAGAGAUGAACUAAAAUUGUAUAAACCGUGGAAGAAGAGAAAAGAUGAAAAUGCAUGCAUAUCAAAUUAUUCCAUGCUUUCCUUUCUGGUGGCUGAGCAGAAACCAGCUCAGCAACCAGUAACAAGCGACGAGAUCACUGAUGAAACUGUCGAGCAGGAUGGAGUGUAA